AUGACGGAGAAAGAGUUGGCGAUACAAAACGCGAAAAAAAUGCAAGAACAUAAUCGACCACCGGCACCGGAUUGGAACCAGGCGAAGAAAGACGGGAGUCACACGCAUCCAAACACGAUGGAUAAAGACGGGAAAUUCCUCACCGCUAUCGGCGCCAUGAAGUCCGGGGGCGGGUACGACGUCGAUCCGGUGCAUGGCGACGCCUCGCUCGAGACGAAGAUGAAAGGUUUAGGGGUGGAAAAUCCAGGCGAGAAGAAGAGUUUCGCGUGGAAUGAUCCUCCUCCGCCGAAGAAGAAAGAGAUGAAGAAGAAGAAGAAGAAAAAGAACAACUCGGAUUCGGAUUCGAGCGGGAGCGAUGAAGACACCAGCGACGACGAGGGAUCCUCCGAAGACGAAAAGGAGAAGGAACCGGUGGAGGACUUUGGGAUGGAUUGCGAACCAAAGGAUAAGUUUCGCAAGAAAAGACUCCAAAAGUUGAAGAAAGAUGUGCACCCGAUUUUAGACGUGGUGCGCGUGGACGAUCCGUCGGAGUUGAGAGCGUUGUUAGAACUCGGGGGCGACGCGAACGAAGUCAUCACCGAAGACAAAGUGAAGGACGAGUACGACCAACUCGGAUGGACGCCUUUGUUAGAGGCUUCGAGUAAAGGCAGAGUGGAUUGCAUGCGCACUUUGUUAAAGUUCAACGCCGACCCGAACGUUGGGUGCAACGAAAACGACGAGAAACCGUUACAUUACGCCGCUCGAGGUGGUCACGCUCAGGCGUUGACGAAACUGUUCAAAGAGAGCAAAAUCGACGCGUUCGCGCGCAACCGCAAAGGCGCCACGUGUUUACACUCCGCCGCAAAGAAAGGUCGAAUCGAGAGUUUACAAAUCAUCUUAAAACAGUUUAGAAGAAUACAGGAGGAAAUGAGUAGCACGGCGGAUACGCAGAGCUCGAGAUUUGACGACGCGAUUGAUUUCGUCGACAGUUCCGGGCAAACCGCGUUGCACGUCGCCGCCGGCGCCGGGUACGAAGACGCCGUCUCCAUUUUAGUCAAAGCAGGUGCGGAUGCCUCCUUGGUCGAUAUCAAAGGCCGCACGCCAAAAAAAGUUGCCGCGAAGAAAGGCUACGACGACUUAUCCAAAGUCUUGCGAAAAGCGGAAAAAGAGAGCGAAAGCCGAAGAGAGAAGAUGGGCAACUUGCAAAUCCCGACCAACGCGUUUGCGGAUAUCGAAGGCAAACACACGGAAGUCGCGUUCAGUCCAACGCACGAAGCAGGGGAGGAGAACGAGAAGUUAUUCAAAGACGCGGCGCGGAUAGAAACGGCUGGUGGAUUAUAA